AUGGUUGAAAAUAUUGUUAUUUUGGAUAAUGGAGGUUAUAAUCUGAAAAUUGGAUCGAGUAGAGAUAAUGAGCCAAGGUGAGUUGAUUAACAAAAAUUAAUAAGACAAUUAAAAAUAACUAUUUUUUACAGAUUAGUUCCAAAUAGUAUUGUGAAAGCGAAACAUGAAAGAAAACGAGUAUUUGUGGCUCAAGAACAAGAUGAAUGUCUUGAUAAAUUUUCGUUAUUUUAUGUUAGGCCUGUUGAAAAAGGAUAUGUUGGUGAGUUUCUAGAAUUUUGUAUCAAAAUCUUUCAGUAGUGUUUUCAAAAUGAUUAAUUUUUUCAGUGAACUGGGAUACUCAACAACAAAUUUGGGAGAAAUCAUUGAAAUUGGUUGAUAUUGAGCCAUCGACUUCGAAAAUAGUUUUAACCGAUAGCAAUUAUUUGGUUCCUUCAUUGCCUGAUGUUUCGAGUGAAAUUAUGUUUGAAUAUUUCAAUUUUGAGGACAUUUUGAAAGGAUCAGGUAAUAUUCUUAUUCUCGAAAUAUGUUAAUGUGUCAAUUUUCAGCCUCGACAUUUGUUGCCGAACAUGAAUAUACAAUUAAAAAUAGAAAUUGUAGUUUAGUAAUUGAUUGCGGGUUUUCAAAUACUACGAUAUCUCCGUUUGUUGAUGGUUUAUUAAUUCAGGAUGGAGUUAUAAGGUGAGCAAUCUUUAUUUUUGUAAUUAUAUGUAUUUUGUGAUUUUUUAUAGAAUAGAUAUUGGAGGAAAAGCAUUGACGAAUAAAUUGAAAGAUUGGAUAUCUUAUAGACAAUUAAAUGUUAUCGAAGAAACACAUAUUAUAAAUGAAUGUAAAGAGGAUAUUUGUUUCGUUUCUCAGGAUUUCAAUCAAUCGUUGAUUGAGGCAAAAAAGAAAUUUGAAGAAAAUCAAAUUUUGCGAAGAUAUGUUAUGCCAGAUUUUCAUCAUUCAUUUAGAGGUGUUGUUAAAGAUAUAUCAGAAGGUGUUGAUCCAAAUGUUCCUACGAUUACACUUGGAGUUGAAAGAUUUGCCAUUCCCGAAAUUCUUUUCAGGUACGUGACAAAAAUACAAAUCUUGAAUCCCAAUCUGAAAGAGCAAUUCAAUUGUUCUAGAAAACUUCUGAAUCGUUCCAUUUCAAAAAAUUGGUCUAAUUCAGAAUUUUUCACGGAAAAUCGAAUAAAUCGAACCUGUUCAGAUUCCUCUCGAAUCCAUUCUAUUUUUUUCAUUUCAGUCCAUCAGAUAUUGAUAUCGAUCAAAUGGGAAUUGGCGAAGCUGUUAUUGAGAGUUUGGCAAGAUGCCCACCAAAUUUACGAGCUGCUCUCUCGGAAAAUAUUGUUGUUAUUGGAGGUUCUUCUUGUUUUCCGGGAUUCAACUCGAGAUUGUGAGUUUAUAUAAUUUACCUUAUAUUGCUGAAUUGUUUUUUUUUUCAGAGUAAAAGAAAUUCGCUCAAUGCUUCCUGUCGAAUUCGAAAUUCACAUAUCGGAAAAAGUUGAAAAUCCCCAAACUUAUGCAUGGAAUUGUGCCAAAGAAUAUGUGAAUAAUGUUUCUUAUUUACCAUGGCUUACAAGGAAAGAUUGGAAUGAAAAAGGUGUGUUUUCCUUGAAUUAUACUGAAUCAUCCAAUUAUAUUUUUCAGGUGAUUCUAUCGAAUUUUCACAUUUUUUCCGAACUCUCGUAUCUUCAGAUGAAAUCAAAGAAGAAAGGAAAAAAGUAAAGGAAAUCGAAAAAGAAAAAGAGAAAAAUGAAAAUUUUGGAAAAUGA